AUGUCUGCAUAGAUAUUUUUUGUCUGGUGUUUGGAGAGCUUGAGAAACUAUUCAUCCUGUUAAAGUCCUCCUCACUACUCCUCACAGUUUCACACCUGAGGAGCUCUCUGAAGGGCUUACACGCUUUGGAUUAUGUCUACUGUGAUGCCUCAGCAACUGCCAAAAGAGGACGAAGAGGAGGAAGAUGAGGAGCAGGGGGAAGCGUUUUCCUUUGGCGACACUACAGACGAGGAGAAAAAUCAGGAGGACGGUAAAGGGAUCAGCUCUGACACUGUCAAGUGUGCCUCCUCAAAAAAGGAGGAGAAACCACAACCAGGCACUGAUGAAAAACAACCAGUAAAAACUCUGCCCCCUGCUGGACAGGAGGGGAAUGCCACCAAGGAUGCAGCAGCACUUUCUACUGGAGAUGUUCCAGUCAGUGAGUCAUCCCUCUGCUGGGCCUCAGCGGCGGCAGAAGGAGCAGCCGAGCCCGCUACCUCAGCUCCUCGUGAGGGAGGAGAAGAGCUCCCGGCACUUCCUGCGGACACGUUGGCUGAUUCAGGAGAGCACAGCAAAGAAAUCCUCAAGGAAAGCAGCGGCUCAAGGGAUGUCUCUGAAGCUGAAGCCGAGCCACAGACGCCGGAGGCUUCAGAGGUGAUCUAUGAUGACGUUCCGAGUGAGGACCCCCUCUCUCCCGACGACGAUUUGAUCUAUGAGGACGUCCAGAGAGAGAGCCGCCCUGCGGGUGCAGACAACGGGUGGAGCUCCAGCGAGUUCGAGAGCUAUGACGAGCAGUCUGAUAACGAGGCCAAACAACCAACACGGAGCAAGCUCUCCCCUGAAGUGCGUCGUCUGAGGGAUCGGUGUGCCAAGACAAAACGUGAUCUGGCCCAGAGGCUGUCUGGCAAGCACAACUAUGACGUCAAGGUCCAGCAGCUCAUGAAGGCGGCGAGAAGCGGGACGAAGGGUGGGCUCGAGAAGACCAAAAUAGCCGUCAUGCGGAAAGUUAACUUCCUGCAGAAAAAAGACCAACCGGAAGAGGAGGACGAUGCCGGGUACCUGGAUGUGGCUGUGUCAGAAGAGAAGCAUCCGCCCCCACAGCUGAGCCCCAUGCCGGAGGGGCUGACCAACCACCAGGUUGUCAGGCGCCAUAUCCUCGGCUCCAUCAUUCAGAGCGAGCGGAGCUACCUGGACUCCCUGAGGAGAAUCAUGCAGGAAUACCACAGACCAUUGAUGGAAGCCGAUCCACGCAUCCUGAGUCCGAGGAAGAUUCGGCCCAUAUUUUACCGCAUCAGGGAGAUCACACAGUGCCACUCCAUGUUCCAGAUCGCCCUGGCUUCACGUGUGGCAGAAUGGGACAGCUGUGAGAAAAUCGGAGACCUGUUUGUUGCCUCGUUUUCAAAGUCCAUGGUGCUGGAUGUUUACAGCGAGUAUGUGAACAACUUCACCAACGCCAUGGCUCUCAUCAAAAAGGCGUGCAUGUCCAAACCAGCUUUCCUGGAGUUCUUAAAGAGGAAGCAGUCGUCUAGUCUUGACCGGAUCACCCUGUACGGCCUCAUGGUCAAGCCGAUUCAGCGCUUCCCUCAGUUCAUAUUACUCCUGCAGGACAUGCUUAAGAACACACCGAAGGGCCACGUGGACCGUCUGCCCCUGCAGCUCGCUCUGACAGAGCUGGAGAUGCUGGCCGAGAAGCUGAAUGAACAGAAACGAGUAGCCGACCAGAUUGCAGAAACUCAGCAGCUAGCCCGCAGCGUCAGUGAUCGCCUGCUCAGUAAGCAACUCAACUCGGAGCAGGGGUCGCUGGUCCUCUGCGAGACGCUCAUUGAGACGGUGUACGGGGAACGGGGACAAGUCCUAAAGUCGAAGGAGAGAAAGGUCUUCCUCUUUGAUGAUGUGCUGAUCUGUGCCAACAUAAAUGUCAAGGGCCCCCCAGAUAUCAGCAGCCUGGUCCCUGUUGGCCCCAAGUACACCAUGAAGUGGAGCGCCCCCUUACAGCAGGUGCAGGUAGUGGAGGUGGGGCAGGAGGCCUCUCAGAGCAAAGACACCUUCUUCCAACAGAGCGGAGCCAGGCGGCCAAGUGGUGCAUGCACCUCAGGUAAAGCCAUCCUUGGUCCUCCGCGCCUCUACCAGGAGCUCCAGGAGCUGCAACAUGACCUUUCUGUGGUGGAGGAGGUCACUCUGCUGGUGGGCACGCUGCAGGGGAUGUACCAGAACCUGAACACCACUGUGGCCCAGGACUGGUGUCUGGCUCUGCAGAGGCUUAUUCGCAUCAAAGAAGAACAGAUCCAGAGUGCUAACAAAUGUCGCUUACGCCUGCAGGUGCCUGGAAGGCCAGACAAGUCCGGACGUCCUGUCAGCUUCAUGGUGGUCCUCAACACUCCCAACCCCCUCAGUAAGAUCUCCUGGGUCAACCGUCUGCACUUGGCCAAGAUAGCACAACGCGAGGAGAACUCACCGGGCUGGUUAUAUGGCGAGGACGAAGGGAAGUCGCUGGCCCCGUUCUUGUGUCCACUGCUGGCCAGUCAUAUGCCCGUCUUUGCUACAAAGUCAGCGGAGAGAAAGCUGGAGGCUGCCCUCCACAACCCUGUUCACUGUGCUUUGUUGGGCUUCUCUGCAGCGAGCACCUCCUUACCUCAAGGCUACCUCUGGGUGGCAGGCAGAGGAGAAGGUUCCCAGGGGCAGAUAGAGAUAUUCUCCCUCAACAGGCCCAUGCCAAGAGCUGUGAAGAGUCUGCAGGUCGGCUCAGGUGUCCGCUGUCUUGAAUAUGUGCCAGAAGCUUCCCCUAAUGAGGAAGAGGAGGCGGGAGUUCACAAGACCCCGUCGGGGAGCGCUGCCAACAUCUGUGUGGGAUUGGACGAUGGACGCAUACUGGUCUACGGCAGCGUGGACACCGCAGCCCAAUGCCUGCUGACCCUCCACAACCCAGACGGCUGCCCCGUGCUGUGCCUGAAGCACUCGGCUCGCUUCCUGUUCGCCGGCCUGCGGAACGGGGCGGUGAUGGUUUAUGGAAGGAGCAACAAAGAUGACCUUUGGGACCCUGACUCCAGCAGAUGUGUGAGCCUGGGCUCAGAACCAGUGCGGACACUGUUGGUGUUAGAUGACUCAGUGUGGGCAAGCUGCGGGAACUCUGUCACGGUCGUGGACAUCUUCAGCCUCGCCACCCAGAAGUUUGAAGUCCAUCCAGACCCGAUGGUCAGCGUUGCACACAUGGCUUGUGCCGGUGGAGGGGUGUGGAUGGCGUUCUCCGAGGGCUCCUCCAUUCGUCUCUUUCAUACUGAAACUCUGGAGCUUCUGCAGGAGAUCAACAUCUCAACACGCUCAACGCUGCUGAGCACCGGUCAGAAGAGCAUACGAGUAACGAGUCUCCUCAUCUGCCAGGGGCUGCUUUGGGUGGGCACCGCCCAGGGCUUAAUCAUCACCCUUCCAGUUCCCAAACUGGAGGGCAUCCCCAAAAUAACAGGAAAGGGAAUGGUGUCUCUGAACGCUCACUGCGGGCCUGUUGACUUCCUGGUAGCGACCACCAGCUCUCUGUCUCCUGACCUCCUGAAGAGGGACUCUGUGGGCGAUGGCCCGGACUCCGCCUGCGGAGGCGAGGACCGCAGCGACACCUCCUCCCAGGAAUCCCUGCAGCAAUCCGGCUCCUACCAGGGCGAGGGAAGGGGCAAAGGGCGCGGCGGCGUCCUGCUGCAGUACAAGCUGCGCACCACAUCGGGACUUCCGGGGCGGCCCUUAACGGCGCUGGGCGACGAGGCCUCGGACUCCUCCCUGGAAUCCCUGGAGCACAGCGUAGAGGACGGAUCCAUCUACGAGCUGAGCGACGACCCUGAAAUGUGGGUGCGAGGACGACCUUGUGAGAGGGACGGGGGACGCAGAGACAGGGUGAUCUCUGCGGCCGUUAUCUCCGGAGGGAAGGGCUUCCGUAGACUGAAGGAAGGAGCGGCGGCGGCGAGGACAAGCGGGGAGGGUUUGGAGAAUAUUCUUAUGGUUUGGCAGCUCCCACUGACAGUGUGAUUUGGGUAAUAUACGGCAAGGUGAUGUGUAUUUAUAGAUGUCUGGACAGCUUAGCCUCGAACCACUCGUUCCAUAAAUUCAAGGGAUUUGAAUACAUGAUGAGAAGGAGUUGCCGCGGUUACAGGCCUUGACAUGCUAUAAUUCAGCCUGUGGAAUAAGGACAUAUAUACUGUUUACUAGAGGUACCGUCAGCCUAUAGGACACUCUGAAUGUUGAGGACUGUGUGUCAUCAUCUCCCCCGCAGCAGCAGCAGCAGCAGCAGCAGCAGAGGCCGACACAAAUUAGCUCCCUGUGAUUGUUUUGAUCGGGUUCCUCUUCCUGCAUUAGUUAAGACUGAUACGCCUCAAUUUAACCUCAUCAUGGCUGCGAUAAUGUGGUCCGCCACAUUUAUUUUAUGCGAAAGGACUUGUGUGCGAGCAGCCAUGACAGCUCGGCUUGGAGAGGCAGCCGUUUUUUUGUGGAAUGUGCCACGCUCGGCAGAGUCGGAGAUGGACAUCUUUUAUCUGAUCCUGAGGGAGAGAUCCCAUCUGUUUGGAGCGGAAAGCUGGGGACUUCCACUGCAUCACAAAGCACAUUAGCAUCACUUUAUUAGCUUCGCCAGCCUGUCUCUCAUCCCAUACAAUGUGAAUGUACGAUACCUUCUUUUGUGUCUCCGAAAAUUCAAUCUCUGCUCUCUUUUAAAAAAAAAAAAAAAAAAAAAG